GGUGGAGAUGCCCUAAUAGUUUCGAGAGAUUUGGACUGGAGCCGGGACGCCGGGUGCAACCGAUCCUUUCCCGAAGAAGUUGGCUGACCCGUUGUUAGAAGCUGGAUAGAUGAUCCGGGCGACUCGUUUUAAUCGGGCGGAGAGUAAUAUAAAUCGCUUUACAAUUUGCACGAGCAAACAGCCCGAAAUCUACAUCGAUCACCAUAGGCGGCGUAAUUCCGGGUUAAGCGUGGGAGCCCGUCCUGUCCUGAUAAUCUGAGAGGUGAGCCAUGGCCGCACUCCGACCUUGCGCCCGUAUAGCUCUGGCGCCAUCCGCCACGUUUGCCAGCAGAAUCGGCAGCUCGUCGCGCCGCCGAACUCUACCCGUACUAUCGCUGCGCCGGCACGGCAGCCUGACACUCAAGCAUGUGAUCCGCGCCAACAAGGAUGCCGCAGAUCAGCCCAGCCAGCCCGCAGAUCCGGAGGGGAACGAUGAAGAGAGCGACAAGGACAAGCCCAAGACAGUGAACGUCGAGGAGGUUAUUGCGGAAAUAGAGGAGUUUACCAAGGAGUAUGCUGCAAAGUUGGGUGUUCCUUAUGAAGAUGACAUGUCUUUUGAGAUGUUCCAUGAAGAGGAACGGAAAAUUGAAGAGAAUACGUGGGAGAUGGUUUCUUCCAAUUCAAGCAUUUUGCACGUGGAAGCUACUUUGUUGUCGGUGGAACUCUGCAUGCAGGCUAGGGAAGCUCUGCACUUGGCUUCCAUGCUCAUGUAUACUGCGUCUUACAGACUCCGUCGGCCAAGUGAAAUAUCUAUGCAUACGGUCGAGCAGACGGUUCGGAUGUGCGUGUCCACUUUCGUCAAAACUGCCGAGGAUGCCUACCACGGGAAGGCCAAGAGGGCAACCAUCCGUUCUUUUCUUUCCGCUCUCGGAGGUUUGGCUGCAAUAAGCCACAUCUUAUUUGUAAACACUCUUGACACGGUGAAUGAUCUACUCAUCGAAGAGGACAAACCAAAGCACAGUCCCCAAAUCGAUGCUGAGGAUGCCCACCGCAGGUUUGAGCAGAAACUGGGUAAUCUGCAGCAGAAGUUGAAGUUGAAGGCUUUACCCCUCAAAUCAUGCAAGAUUUUGGAGGAGGUAGUCUGCCCUACGACUGUGCACGCCAAGGAGUUCGUUACCACGAUGGUUAUGCUCCGGUGGCAUGCGCUAGACCAAGUCCCAGAUAAACUCAAAUGGUGGGCAUCUGAUUCAAACAUCCUUGAGGAACAGCGGACAUGACAUGCUAAUUAAGCUUAGAUGUAUUUCUGCAUAGGGUUGGUGAUCGCGUGUAACCUCUCGCUGGUGGAUAGGGUUGGUGAUCAUGUGCUAAUGCGUCUAACCUCAGUGGUGGCUCUUAUGUUCGGAUUUAGUUUUAGAAUUACCGUAUUUAGAGAAGAAGUUGUUUUUGUACCCACGAGCAUAUGCUCCCGGAUUUUAAAAUGACUUUUAGUGGUUGUUUGGAUAACAGGUAUU